AUGCGGUGGUUCCUAGUGCUUUGUGCGCUGGUCGCGGCGGACGGUGCUAACGUGACGAGGCUCGCCGAGAAUGCAACUCAAGACGUUUACCUGGACUACCAUUCAAUGCCGGCUUUAUCCGAAUUGGAUGACUUCGACCUCUGCCUGAAGAAACCCGACGCCGUCUAUUGCAUUGUAGACUUCGAGUUGUUGGAAGACGACACACCGCUUUACCAAUUUAUUAAGAAUUUCUCCUCUUUAUCGUACAAGAACUACAAGCACACUAAACUGCACCGAGGAGUAUGCGGCUCGCAAAAUUGUGGUCUUAACAUAACCCAUGCAAAUGCCAGUGAAUCCACUGCAGUAGCAUUGAAAGAAUGCUUCAAUGCUACGAUACAUCAGGGCUACGGAUUACAGGUGGAUUCGUUAUCUGUCCGCUACUGCAAAACCCAAAGCGAUCGUUUGCCCUUCGAUGCCUUAGACUACAUUAUUGGGGCCAUUCUCUUAGUUGUCUUAUUCGUGAAUCUGGGCUGUUCUGCCUACCAUUUCUUCUGGCCUGCGGAAAAAGGAAAAGGUAAUAAAUUCAUGUUAGCUUUUUGCGUUCAAAAGAAUUGGAAAGCUCUGAAACAUGGUGGUAGCGCUGAUGGCGGAAUCUUCAAGUGUUUCCAGGCCAUGAGGUUCUACACAAUGGUGAUGAUCCUCGGACUACAUUCAAUGAUCUUCAUUGGCUACGGUUACACUGCCAAUCCAGAGUUUAUUGAAAAGUCCUACGACGAUUUCUUCAAGUCUUUGCUAUUCAAUGCUCGCGUGAUCGUCCAGAUAUUCUUCGUCAUGGGCGGAUUUCUGAUGGCCUACAAAAUGCUGAUAUACGCCGAGAGCCAUCCGUUCUCAUUUAAAACCAUACCGAUGGCUAUAGUAAACAGAUGGGUCAGGUUAAUCCCGGCCGUGCUGGUGGUGAUGGGUUUGGCGAUGACGUGGGUCCCGCACAUGGGCUCCGGACCCAUGUGGGAUGCCGUGGUAAAGCGAGAGAGGGACAUCUGCAGGAGAAAUUGGUGGCAACUAGUAAUCCUUAUGCCGAACCUGUUUCCUUUCGAACACCUCUGCCUACCGCAAGCGUGGUACCUCGGUACUGAUACUCAGCUGUUCCUGGUGACUUUGGUCGUCCUUCUGAUCGUAUGGCGGUGGCCAAGGAGCGGGGUCCCCGUGCUCAGUGGUAUAAUGGCAGUGAGCCUGGUGAUACCAUUCCUGCAGAGCUACUUCAUGGACCUCAUGCCGAUAAGAGUCAGCAUAUUCCCGGAAUCCAUAAGAGACAUAUUCGGGUACAAUGACACGUUCUACCACGCUUACGUGUCAGCACAAGGAAACUGGGCAGGAUACCAUCUCGGAGUGCUAACGGCUUACUUUUACCACAGAGCGCAAGCCGAGAAGUGGAAUUUAAAAGAUUCCAUCCUUCUUAAACUGCUGUUUAUUACGUCGAUCCCGAUCGCUUUCGGCACCGUUCUGAUGGGCUGGGACCUGCACAGCCGGCGCGCCACCGCCUUCGAGUCGGCCAUUUUCAACGCCCUCAAUCAGAACUUUUUCGCGCUGGCCAUCUGCGUGUUUAUCGUUGGAUACUUCUACAGAUGCAAUAGAAUAUACGUUGGUGCAGUGGAAUGGGGUCCACUGCAGCCUCUUGGUCGCCUGUCGUAUUGCGCAAUGCUAAUGCACGCGACUGUACUCCGGACGUACGGCGGUCAGCUGCGACGCUCGUUUUACGCAACGGACUAUACAGCUAUCAUGCUCUUCGCUGGAAUCGUUUGCACGACCUUCCUCACCUCUCUACCGCUCCAUCUCUUCGUGGAGGCGCCUGCAUGCCAACUGCAAAAGAUUCUCCUAAGUCCAAAGAGGCCACAGAAGGAAUCUGAGAACGCAAACGUCAACCACGUCAAGCCAGGAAUUUCCACCGUCUCAGUGUCUACCGUCUCAACUCACAUC